CGACGGAUCCAUCAAAGUGGCCAAGCGGACCAUGGAGUUCAAUAUAAGUGGCAUCGGAAAUGUGUCGACGGUGCUGCGACCGGAGGCGCGUCUGGCGGCCGAGUCGCGUUUGCUGGGCUGGAAUGUGCCGCCGGACGAGCUGCGUCACAUACCCGAGCACUGGCUAACGUAUCCGGAACCGCCGGAGUCGAUGAACUAUCUGCUGGGCACACUCUAUAUAUUCUUCACGCUGAUGUCGCUGAUAGGAAAUGGCCUGGUCAUUUGGGUCUUCACAGCAGCUAAAUCGCUGCGAACACCCUCGAACAUACUGGUCAUUAAUCUGGCCAUCUGCGAUUUUCUGAUGAUGAGCAAAACGCCCAUAUUUAUCUACAACAGCUUCAAUCAGGGCUUUGCGCUGGGCAACUUGGGCUGCCAGAUCUAUGGCAUCAUUGGCUCCUACACGGGCAUCGGCGCGGGAGCGACCAAUGCGUUUAUCGCCUACGAUCGCUACAAUGUGAUCACGCGGCCCAUGGAGGGCAAAAUGACGCACGGCAAGGCCAUAGCCAUGAUUAUAUUCAUCUAUAUGUAUGCCACGCCAUUUGUGGUAGCCUGCUAUACGGAAGCGUGGGGUCGCUUUGUGCCCGAAGGCUAUUUGACCUCCUGCACCUUCGACUAUCUGACGGAUAACUUCGAUACGCGCAUGUUUGUGGCCACCAUCUUCUUCUUCAGCUUCUUCUGCCCCACCAGCAUGAUCCUGUACUAUUACAGCCAGAUUGUGACCCAUGUAUUCAGUCACGAGAAGGCGCUGCGCGAGCAGGCCAAGAAAAUGAACGUCGAAUCGCUGCGGUCCAAUGUGGACAAGAGCAAGGAGACGGCUGAGAUACGCAUUGCCAAGGCGGCCAUUACCAUUUGUUUCCUAUUCUUUGUAUCCUGGACACCGUACGGCGUCAUGUCGCUGAUUGGCGCCUUCGGGGACAAGAGCUUGCUGACGCCGGGCGCCACAAUGAUACCGGCCUGUACCUGCAAAAUGGUGGCUUGCAUAGAUCCGUUUGUGUAUGCGAUCAGUCAUCCCAGAUACCGUAUGGAGCUGCAAAAGCGUUGUCCCUGGCUGGCCAUCAGUGAGAAGAAUCCCGAGACCAGCACGGUGGCCUCCACGACGACCACACACGAGCAGCAGCAAACGACUGCAGCGUAGGACUGCAAAAUACCUGAUGACCCUACAGAAAGGACAUUAACUCAACUGAACUCGACUCGUAAUAGAAAAUGCCAGGAAAAAACUAUAACAAACUCACGAAACAAAAAGAAAAUGUGCUAACAAUAAUAUUAUAGAUUCUGAUUAUUAUUUGUAGCAUGCUCUUAAAUAAAUAGUUAAUUAAUGCAAGCAAUCAAAAGGAAA